AUGACUAACGACAGAAUAAAUUUAUUCCCUAAGAAAUCAGAAUGCAGUUAUGUUUCAUGCUACUGCGAGGAAAAUGUUUGGAUGCUUUGUGAUAAAGUGGGCAAAGAAAAUGUGGAAGAGUUGAGUAGGUGCUACGCAGUUUUCGUAUAGAAUGAAGGACGAACGGUUCCGUUAUGGCGACAAAAGGCAGGUCAUGGAGAUGACCAUAUUGUUAUGUGGGACUAUCAUGUGUUUUUUAUACACUCCACCCCAGCACAGUGUCUCGUAUUUGAUUUAGAUUCCCAGUUACCAUUUCUCACUCAUUUUCAUAAAUAUGUGACGGAAACGUUUCGAUCAGAUUUGGCAUUGAAUCCAGAACACCAUAGAUUUUUUCGUGUCAUACCAGCUGAUCAGUUUAUAAAUAGUUUUGCAUCUGAUCGCAGGCACGUGUUAGAUGGCACUUGGCUUAAACCACCUCCUUUGUAUGGGUGCAUUCUUGUAAAUGAAGAACAUAAUUUAGAUGAUUUCAUUGACAUGACACCUUCGAAAGGACUUGGAAUAGUUUAUAAUUUAAUUUCUUCUGUAAACAGGUUUUAUUCGUGCACUAGCACAUGAAUAUUUCCGAAAUCGCCUCUUUUGAAACUCUUUAUAUUAAGAAUUGUACUUCAUGGAAUGUGAUACUGAUAAUAAACUUCACACAAGUGUU